AUGGUCAAUGGUGUUCUUCCAACUGUGACAUUAGUGGCAACCAUCGAUUCCGAACAGUUCGACAACUUACGACUUACGAAGAGGCCCGAAUUUUCCAAGAAACAGAUCGACAUAAUCAACAACCUAGGGGAAGCUGUAAACAUUUGCGGAAAGGUUCGGAGAAAACUGAAAGUUUGGGCUGUUUCGGUGGCAGAGAAAUUUUUCAGCCUGACAAUCAUCAAGUCAACGUCCCGAAUGCCGGACGGUCCAGAUGGUGUGAGGGUUAGGUGGGGGCGACGGGGGCGGCUCGGGGACCUACCGAAAAGCCGUGUUCGGGGGCAGCACGUGGGGCUGGCUUUCCGAGCGCUGGAUCGAGCGCAGCAGCUCGCGCCGGGCGGCCAGCCAGCCAGACCCUUUCAGGGGCGCAGGCCCUCCGAAGCCCGAGACGAUAGACACAUUUUUCCCAUGAUUUUCGUGCACAUGUUAACACGACGCGCUAGCGUACGUUGCACGGGGCGCCGCUCGACCACACGGCAGACGUGCCUUUUACGCGCGCAUCGUCCCAGGGAUAGAAUAGGAGUGGAAAUGAAGAAAGCACAGGUUGUUGGUUUCUCAGGCUGUAAAUUCAGCAAGUUCUUCAUUUCCUGGGAAGAAAUGGGGAUUCUGGAAGAGAUCGAAGUAUGGAGAGUACCAUCAUUUGCCAAGCUAUGGAUAGAGCGACUGGUUACUCCCAACGGAUCGUUGAUAUGGAGUAGCAACAUCGUUGAUUACGGCAAGAUAUAUGUCCUCCAUAAAUUUGUAACUGCCACUCUCCUAAACUAUCAUCUUUCCAUGACACUCAGAUGGGGAAGUUUGGCUAAUGAAAGGGAUCUAUUAGACAUACUGGAUGGAGUCCAUUCCAAUUUACAACCUACUUCGCUCACUCUGGGUCCUGUUAACUCGAAUAUCUACGCCAGAAGACAUUCAGCACAUGCCUAUUCCACCACAGAUGACAAAAAUGCCAAACAACAUCAUUACAACCUUCCCCCGCUACCAUUGCGUCCACCUCCUGUCCCAAAAAGAACCAUCCCAGUCACCUACAACACAACCACCCCACCAACCAACAACAAGGUGAAACCCACCCCGAUGAACAAGCCCGCUGAACCUCCCCCACUUCCACCCACCCCCAAAUGCCGAGCCCUCCCCAACAACCCCUUCUCCGACAAACCCAAAGCCCCGCAACGCCAGCAGCCGUCCUCAGACUCACCCAACAUCAACCAAGCGAAGAGGUUCGACGUGAACAGGAACUGCCAGGUGCCCCCUGCCCCAGUGGGCCCCCCCAAAGUGCACAAGCCCAACAUGCCGACGACCAAGGUCCAGGGGAGCCAGAAGGUGUCCAUAAGGCAGGAUUCGAGCGUGUCGAGCGACAGCUUCAGCCAGACCUCUUCGCCCAGCUACACCACCAAGACCAUGGAGACUCCUCUUCUGCCUCCGAGGACCCCAGUUAAGCAGCAGAACGGGGGUUUGAUUCCCAAGAAGAGUGCCGAAGACGAUGCCAAUGGUAACACUACGAUCACUAAGAGUGUGUCGACGCCUGCGAGUCUGCAAACGAUCGUUAGGUUCCACAAUGGAUCUAAUAUGUCCCUACAUCAUCGAAUUAUCAGAGAUAUGAGACGUCCAUCGUCAGUAUAUGCGAAUAGAUUGAAAUUCAGAUUUGCUCAACUGUUGAUCAACGCUAUAGCUCUCUUCGCAAUAGGUGCAGGAAUGGCUGCCUAUUUCAAAGCCUAUCCGACAGCCGUGAAAAUAGUAAACAAGUCAAUAAACGUAACAACUAGUCCGAUAGUCAUCGAGAAAAAAAGUGAUAACCCAGCUCCUGGUAUAUGUUUACCGGUUAUAGUCCAGUUUUGUAAGUUACACGGGGUGCCCUACAAUUAUACGGUGUUCCCGAACUAUAUAGGCCAUUUCGGCCAAAGAGAUGCCGAACAAGAAUUGGAAGUGUACGAUGCCGUUGUUGAUGUUAAAUGCUAUGAUUUGGCAGCACUGUUUUUAUGCUCACUUUUCGUACCCAAAUGUGGACCGACUGGUGGCGUGGUACGACCAUGCAGAAGUUUGUGUUUAGAAACGAAACGGCGAUGCGGCUUCUUUUUGGAUGUUUUUGGUUUGGCUCUACCAGAUUAUUUGGACUGCGACCUCUUUCCUGAAUCCACUAACCCUCAUCAGUGUGUUGGAAACCAAGAGGUGAAAGUAGCUAAAAAAAAAGCCGCUAGACCUGGCCCCUUUAUCUUUACACCGAUACCCAGAGGACGGAUGAAAACGGAUUUAUCGGAUAACCCCCUUAUCAUACAGAAAGUCAAUCGUACUCCUUUAUCUUUACGCCGGUACCCAGGCCGGAUGACAACGAAUUUUUCGGAUAAGAGGAGUACAAACCAUCGAAUCUUAUGA